GCCUCCUCACUCCUGGCCGUCGCACAUCUCCACGCCGCUUGGCCCGUCCCCCUUGGCCCCAUAUCCUCUUCCACUCGCAACACCAGAUACCCCUCUUCGCUCUUGGAUUUCUUUACUUCUACGGUUCUUACUACGUGUAAUUAAGUGGCUGACAGAGGAGAGUAAUUAGCCGUAGUCUCUCUCUCACUGAACUUGUUGCUUCCGCGGCGACUGCCAUAUUGGUUCCAAGAACCCUUUUAAUCGCCUUUUGGUGUGCCCCCACGAGAGCAUAAGCUCCUAGAGUCAAAACCCCAGCUUUGCUACUCGCUAUAUAUACGCUCUCCACCCGUCUCGCUCUCACCUCUCACUUCGACUUCUCGUCGCUGGCCGCCUCUCCUCCACGAAGGCCGCGUGCGCUGCACUACCCUCGACGCACCGGCACGGCCGGCCGUGCGUGCUAGUGUGCGGUGUUAUGGGUGCACGGCCAGUACCGCGGCGGGAGGAGGUGGUGGUCGUGACGGAGCUGGAGCUGCGGAUGCAGCUGCUCGGCGGCGGCGGCAACUGCUACAACAUCAACGACAACGCCGACCUCCUCGCGGAGAUCCUGGCGCGGCUGGACGGCCGCUCGCUCGCCGCCGCCGCCUGCGUGUGCCGCCUCUGGGCCGCCGUGGCGCGCCGGGACGCCGUCUGGGAGGCGCUCUGCCUCCGCCACGUGGGGCCGGCGUCCGGCCCCACGGCCGGCCCCGCCACCCGCGCCGUCGUCGCCGCGCUCGGCGGGUACCGCCGCCUCUACCGCCUCUGCCUCGGCCCGGCGCUGGACCGCCUCGGGCGCGGCGGCGGCGCCAUCGCCCACGCGCACGCCAGGGCCCGCCUGUCCCUCUCCCUCUCGCUGUCGCUCUUCUCCAUCGACUGCUACGAGCGCCUCGGCGGCGGUGGCGGCGCCGGCGCCGGCAGGCAGCCGCAGCCGUCGUCACUGCUCUUCCUGUGCAAGCCAGUGGACGUCUCGUGAGUCCCCUCUGAAUAGGCGUACACGUGUACGUACGCGGUCGCAUCGCCGCCCACCCGCUCGGGCAAUCCGGGCCGUACGAUCCACGCCGUCGCGUUCUUCUUGGCGUACGUGCGCUGCUACUAGCUUGUCUGGCGCACGACGCUUAACAUAAUUGGUUACUUAAUUAUUAUUAUUAGCAGUACGAACAAUAAGAAUUGAUUAUUAUUAAGCUGUACCUGCGAGCCAUAUUCAAUAUGGGAAAAAAAUAAUUAAUGAUUCCUUUGUUUCUUCUC